AAAGCACUCAACGCAACGCAACGGGGAAGGGGGAAGGGGGAAGGGGGAAGAGAGAAAAGACAGAGAGAGAGGGAAUUUGACAAUGGAGAAGGCGGAUCCGAAUCUCCACCAGCUCCCCACCGCUAUAAUCGCCACCAUCAUGACGAAGCUCGACGUUCCCUCUAUUCUUUCACUUGCCUCCACUUGUAAAGCCUUCCGCUGCUGCGCCGCUCACACCCUUUCUUUCCUCCCAAACUUCCAUCUUCCCGAUAUGGCGCCGUCUGCGGAUUUGUUAAAGCCAUUGCUGCCUCUGAACAACCCACAUUUGAGGAGCCUCAAGUUGGACUGCACGCGGCUAGAUGACUCUUCCUUGGAUAUUCUGAUUCGUCCCUCUCUGCACGAGCUGUCCCUCCGUAAUUGCACGGAUUUUAGCGGCAAGCUUCUGUCUCAACUGGGGAACAAUUGCAAACACCUCAGGUUUCUGUACCUGAGUUCGGUAGCUGAGAAAAUGGGGCGAACAAUUGAUGUAUUGCAUCUGGAGGAACUCCUCAGUGGCUGCACCCAUUUAGAAACACUGAUCCUGAUGUUUGAUGUUUCCAUAUUUUUGCAUCAAAACUUUGCACUAGUCUGGGCACUGGCCUCAUGGAAACUCACUUCUCUUGAAAUUGGCUAUAUUUCUUCAGUAAUGGUAGCUGAACUGCUUAGCCCUGCUGCAGGACCUAGUCAAUCAUCAAAUCAUUGCUCAACCAUAUUGCCAAAUCUACAGAAACUAUGCCUUUCUGUGGACUACAUUACUGACAUAAUGGUAAGCACAAUAUCAAAAUGUCUUGCUUCCUUGACCCACCUGGAUCUUCGAGAUUCUCCUAUAAUGGAACCUAGAAUGGCAUUUGAUCUAACCAAUAAUGGUCUUCAACAAAUCAAUGCACAUGGCAAACUGAAACACCUCUGUUUGGUAAGAAGCCAGGAGAUUGCUCCUGUAUAUUUCAAGCGUGUGAAUGAUCUUGGAAUCCUUCUCAUGGCCGACAAAUGCUCAGCCAUGGAGAGCAUCUGUCUUGGUGGCUUUUGUCAGGUGACGGAUACUGGCUAUAAAACAAUCCUGCAUUCCUGCUCUAGGUUAUGUAGGCUUAAAGUAUUUUAUGGAACUCAUCUAACUGACCUGGUUUUUCACGAUAUUAUUGCAACAUCACUUUCAUUGACUCAUGUUGGCCUAAGGUGGUGUAAUCUCUUAACAAAUCUAGCUGUUGCAAGAUUGGUAUCCAAUGGAGAACUCAGUGUUCUUGACUUGAGGGAUUGUAGAAACCUUGGAGAUGAUGCGCUCCAAGCUAUCAGCACACUAGCCAAGCUAAGAUCACUACUCAUGGAUGGCUGUGAUAUAAGUGAUGUGGGGUUGUCCUACGUAGGCAAGGGCUUGAUGAGUAGAAGCCUUGUUUCAUUGUCUUUGAGGGGAUGUAAGAGACUUACUGACAGGUGCAUUUCUUCCUUGUUUGAUGGACACACCAUCCUGGAGCUGAGAGAACUCGACCUGUCAAAUCUCCCUAACCUCUCUGAUGCCGGGGUGCUUUUAUUGGCUAAAAGUCGCAUCCCAAUCUCUGCGCUCCGACUUAGACAAUGCCCUCUCAUUGGGGAUACCUCUGUCAUGGCUUUAGCCUCAAUGCAGAUUGACGAAAACGUGUGGCAUGGGAGUAGCUUGAGGUUGCUGGAUAUUUACAACUGUGGAGGCAUUACUCAGCUUGCCUUCCGGUGGCUGAAGAAACCUUAUUUCCCAAGAUUAAAGUGGUUAGGGGUGACGGGAUCUGUGAACAGAGACGUGGUGGAUGCUCUGGCAAGAAGUAGACCAUACGUGCAUGUUGCCACUAGGGGGGAGGAGUUAGGGACAGAUCAAUGGGACGACUUGGAUGGAAUCUAUUUGCAGGACUAUGAAGAAGUCGACGAGUUGGAGCAGUGGCUGCUGGGAGGAGACAACAUGAGUGAUGAGGAGAUGGAAGAUGGUGCCGAUGUAGCAGACCUAUUUGAAUGAAUGACUGCUUGUCGGUGCAAUUUGUUUCUGGGGUGCUGCAGACUCUAAUAAUGUUGAGUUGGUUGUGCACAUAUUUGUUGUUUGGCCUGUCAGUCUUAAUUGGUAUGUACAUGUAAAUGUGAUGUCUGGUGCUCACUUCUAAGGUAAGAAACAGCAAGACCCCAUACCUUACCAUAGCAGUGAGUCACAGACUUGACUUUAGCUGUCUGUCUGUAUGUAUGUUAUUUUGGAAUCAAUCAAUUAAUAGUUUAGGUACA